AUGAACAUUCCUACUGCACUAUCCGAUCCACCGGCAUAUCUAUCAUUACCGAAAUUCAAUCGUCGAUUACCUCGUUGUCCACGCACUAACCUACCUGUCACGUAUUCCGAUAUCGGUGAUGAGAAUGGAGUACCUGUAAUCUACCUUCUACCUAGUGGAUGUAGCAGAUGGAUUGCAGCUCCGAUGGAUCCGCUGCUGAAGAGGUAUGGAGUUCGGAUGAUUGUCGUAGAUAGACCCGGAUGUGGUGGUACAGGAGAAGUACCAUUGAUAGAAAGGAUAGAACGCUCCUGUGAGAUGAUCGUCUCGGUAUUGGAACACCUUAAGAUAAGGCCUGCGCAUAUCCUAGCUUCUUCCGCUGGUAUAUACUACACACUUCAUCUUCUGACUCGACACCCAUCAAUAUUUCUUACAGGUCUAGAUCCGCCUCCUAAGGUGUAUCUGCUCGCACCUUGGAGUCCGCUCUUACCAGUCGAACAUCCUGAUCAUUGGCCUUUCAAAUGGGAUUGGAUACCUACACCAUUGAUUGCCACUCAACACAUUACCACUCCACACCUCAUCAAAGCAGCUACGAACGCUCAAAAGGCUUAUGAUACAAGUUUAAAAGCUAUCAAUACAGGGAAAUCCAUCGCUCUGAAAUGGUUCAAAGCAAUUACUGAGGAACCUCCUUCACUAUCAAGUUCCUCAUCCAUAUCGUCUUCUACCCCGCCCAAUGACAGUACACCAAGCGAAACACCGGAAGUGGACGGGGAUAGUAUCGCUAAAUCAGCUGGAGAGCUGCUCAAUAAUCUUAGAGGAGCGAACACUAAACCUUCAAUAGGAGAAGGAACAGAUAUACCUAAUUUGACUGAAACGCAAACGCCGACUCUGGAUGAAAAUGGAAAUGGUGUACCGAGCAGACCAUCAAGUAGAAUGUGGGGUGAAUGUGAAUGUUGUGUAGCUUGUUUGACAAGCUCAUACAUGAGUGCCGAGAAUGGACAGGGUAUAGGACAAGAACAUCUAAUAUGCCUGAAUAGAGGUCCGGAAGAAACAGGUGCUAAAUGGCUUGAAAUCGCCGUUAAGGAUUUAGCAGAUACUAUUCAGUUUGCUCAAUCUGAUGAGAUAGGCGAUACACCGCUGGAAGACAGUAACAUCAUAAAGGAAAUACAAUCCCCAAUAGAAAUUGAUGUUUGGUGGGGCUGGGAAGAUGAAAUGGUACCUCGUAAAGGACAAUUAUGGUUCAAUAAAGUCUUGGAAGCAUUUCCAGAGUUCAUCAUUUUGAAUGUUCAUGAUGUUGAAGAUGGCGACCAUACAGACUUGUAG